AUGAGUUUAAAAGAUCGUACCAAAUCGAUUGCGUCAAAUGAAAUAGCUAUACAGUUAGCUAUUUGUCUUCAAAAACGCUACCAAUCUGUGAUCACACCUUUUAAUCUAACAAGUUAUGUUUUUUUUAAAAUAACAGUUAUAGAUUACAUAACAUCUCCCAACAAUGAUCCAUGUUUAAAAACGGUGGUAACAAUCACCGGUAAUGAUGAUGCUGAACUAACCAAACGUGAAAUUACCAACAAGGUAAUACCGGCACAGUACGGCAUAAGGAUCAAGGACACGGUAAAACUACGUGACGGGAAGUUCAUGAUAAAUUUCAAAAGUCCUAGCAGCAAACAAAAAUUUGAAAACGUCAUCGCAACCGAUGGCAGAUUUCAGUUAAAUGAUUCGGGACGACCAUUACCAACCGUACAUUUAAAGGGAUUAAACAUGGCGUAUGAAGAGGAACAAAUCCCCGAACUUAUCGCCCUGUACAAUCCAGAAAUUACUAAAUUUCUAGAAGAUAACCGUAUGGAAGCGGCAAGCGCCAUCGAAAUAAAAAAGAAACGGCAAAACCCGGCAAAACCAUAUUUAUGCAACGUGAUCAUGAGAGUAAGACCGGAGAUCCGGAACCUCAUGAUAAAUGAAUUACAUGGCCGUAUCAACAUCGAAUACUCAUACAUCCAUAUCGAGGACAUGAGUCCUCUUCGCCAUUAUCAUUGCUUCGGAUUUAAACACAUAGCCGAGUAUUGCCCGCGGAAAGGUCGUCAAUACUGCCUACACUGCGGUGGCGAACACCUCAUGGACCAAUGUAUAAACCGCGAGGAAGCUCCAACAUGUAUCAACUGUCGAAUGGAAGGACUUCCAAAUCACCGCAGUCACAUCGCAACUAGCCGGGACUGUCCCGUCAUGCUUCGUGUCAUGAAAAACAGUUUAAAUCGAACAGUUUAUGGAUAACAACCUACAUCGACGAAAAUACCAAUUAACCGAAUUCAAAUUCGCCCAAUUAAACGUAAACAAAUCACCGACAGCUAUGACGGCCUUUGCAAACUUUUCUGAAAGUAAAUCCAUCGACUUUAUGUGUGUCACUGAACCACCAAUUCGAAAAACAAUUCCAAACAUCAAUCGUCGACUUAACGUAAUUUAUUGUCAAUCAAACGAACCGAAUGGUCCCGCGCCGGUCCGUGCUUGCAUCUGUGUCCUUAAUAAACGUAUCCAACCGAUUAUGAUAUCCCAUUUAUCCAGUAGCGACUGUACGGUAUGCCAACUUGGAUCUGUCAUUAUCGUGGCGUUCUAUGCUCAACCAUAUGGUGACAUGAGUGACAAUUGGACCAGAAUUACAACCAUUGCAGCAUGGGCCGGCGUAAAAAACUUAAUCGUAACCGGCGACUUCAACAGUGAUCAUCAAAUUUGGUUCUCACAUGCCACCAACAACAGAGGCUGUGAUCUAUUGACGACAUUUAUCCAAUCUGGCCUAAGCGUAGUCAACAACACCGACACGCCAACAUUCGACACGAUCAGGGGCAACCAAAG